UCAUGAGACGCGGAGUAGGGAAGAUCGCGCGCCAUGCGUCCACUUGCUUGUAUUACUUUGUUCGCGAUUUUUAACUAUGCGAUCUGCGCUCGGAUCCUCGGCCUUUUUCCACACCCUGGUCGAAGUCACCACAUGGUCUUCGAAUCUCUGUUACAAAAACUCCCUGAACGAGGACACCAUGUGACCGUUGCUUCGUUCUUUCCUCUCAAAAGUCCACCGGCCAACUAUACGGAUGUCAGUUUCGAAGGGAUCACUAAAAUUGGCUUGGAGACAAUUGAUUUGAAUUGUUACGAGAAUCCGGAAUUUAUUCUACGUAUACCGAUAAUAGGAAGAAUUUAUAAGCAAAUAAUAGAUUUUAACCCGCUAUGGGAGUCGGCAUUAAGUGUGUGCAGUAAGGCGAUCGAUUGGCCGCCGCUAAAAGAAGCUCUGAGCAAGGAAUAUGACGUAGUUUUAGUUGAAAAUUUUAAUAGUGACUGUAUGAUAGGUCUGUUGCAUGUGUACCAGAUAAAGGCGCCUGUUGUCGCGAUGUUAUCGAGUAAUCUAUUGCCGUGGUCGCAUGAACGCAUCGGAGCUCCAGAUAACCCUUCCUACGUACCCUUAAUCACUACAACAUUUACUAGUCGAAUGACAUUUUUGGAAAGGAUGGAAAAUACAUUUUUGAAACUAUAUUUAAAUCUCUUUUAUCAACAAAAGAUUCAAAUGAAGGAGCGGGCUAUGAUAGAAAAACAUUAUGGUGUUAAGAUUCCUGAAUUGAAUGAGCUCGCGAAAAAUAUUAGUUUAAUGUUGACGAAUACGCAUCACGCUUUCAACGGCGUUAGACCUCUCGUGCCCGGUCUCGUGGAGGUCGGAGGUAUGCAUUUUAACCCAACGAAAAAAGUUAUACCAGAGUUCAUCGAAAAAUUCCUGAACGAGUCCGAACAUGGCGUUAUAAUAUUCAGUUUUGGAUCACUAAUAAAGACAGCAACAAUGCCGAAGUACAAGGAAGAAAUCUUCAUCAACGCACUAUCGAAGUUAAAACAAAGGGUCAUUUGGAAAUUUGAGCACAGCGCUGAGGAAGGAACGCUCGUCGGUAACAUAUUGAAAGUGAAAUGGCUUCCACAAUAUGAACUGUUACAUCACAAGAAAGUCGUUGCAUUCAUCGCUCACGGAGGCCUGCUGGGUAUGACGGAGGCGGUGUCCGCUGGCAAGCCAAUGGUCGUGAUACCAUUCUAUGGUGACCAACCCAAUAAUGGUGCCAGUGCUGAAAGCGUGGGCUUCGCAAAAGUUAUCUCCUACAUGGAUCUGACUGAAGAAUCAUUAAGUGAAGCCCUGCAAUUUGUUUUAAGUGCUGAAACGCGAUUGAACGCACGUCGCGUGUCAAAAAUGUGGCACGAUAGAGAAUCAGCCCCCUUGGACACGGCGAUUUACUGGGUUGAACGCGUCAUUCGCUGGGGUCACGCGGGAAAACUCCACUCAGUAUCAAGAGACAUGCCCUUCUACGAAUAUUUACUACUCGACGUACUUGCGGUAUACGCACUAAUAGUAUUAGCUAUAAUAAUGAUAAUUUACUUUUUAUUAAUAAGGAUAUUCUAUUUGUUUAUAAAAGAAACCAAACAGAAAGUUCAUUAG